GAGCUGGGUCUAUCUGAGUUAAAGUAUUUUAAUUUCAAUAUAUUGUUUUAGAUACACUAAAACAAACUUUUGAGAAUGUUGUUAUUGUGAAAAUGGAAUAAAAUUUUUAUAUUUUUCUAAAGAUUUUGUGGUCUUAAUAAUUUGCUAAAUACUCCAAAUAAUUACACACCCUCUCCUCUUGGCUCCCUCUUGCCAGGAACCCGGGGACAUGUCCAUUCUGCCUCCUAUUUGUGCUCCUGCUUUUAAAUAUCUUUAGUAUAUAGUAAUUAGAAAAUUAUAUACUACUAAACCAGAGAUAUCAUCUAGUUUAAAAACUCCCAUCUUCUGAAUCUCUGUAGUAUUGUUUUGUAGCAGUUUCGUGGAACUUCUCCCACCCUGUAGUAAAUCACCCAAAACGUGUGAACCCUUGGUCAGGUGUCGGGGUGACAUAACGUACACCCAUUAUGUAAACACAUUGUCCAUCUGGUGACCACUUGCUCUGCUGCCUUCGAACUGAUCAGAUGUGAAAAUAAAGAUCUUUUUGUUACCGUUAAUCUUAUAUGUGUAAGUCAUUUUAUAUUCUCCCAACAAUCGGUUAUGGGCCCAGGAAACCCAGGAAACUCAAAAAACGCAGAAAACGCUUAAGGAAUAACUCACCCAAGUGAUCUAAGUUUUUCGACUAAGGCUUCCGAAGAAGAAAGGUACUGAGACAACAAAAGAAAGAUGGCCGAGAAAGCAAAAGGACUGAGCUCGAUACCCAAGUUAAAUGGAUCGAACUACCUAAUAUGGAAAUACGUAAUAAAGAAUGUGUUGGAAGGCCAAGAUCUGAUGCACGUACUCGAAAGACCCAAACCAGAAAUUCCUGGAGAAACAGCCGCUCCGGAAGAUAAGGCAGCCUAUGACACAUGGAGAAAGAAAAACAGCGAAGCUCUUAGAAUCAUCACAUGCACAAUGGAAGAACAUGAGGUUAGUCUAAUUUUGAAUCUAAACGUUGCACGCGAUGUUUGGGAAGACAUAGAACGGAGAUACGAAGGUCGAUUAGACACGAAGCGAAAAAUGUGUCAAUCAAAGCUCUCGAAAUUAAAAAUGGAGAAAGACGAAAAUUGGAAGGAAUAUAUCAGAAGGGCUCGUGAACUAAAUGAAGAAGCCAAAAUGGUAAAUUUAGGAAUGGAAGAAACGGAAUUGAUAACUUUAAUAACCGACGGACUGCCCCCUAAAUACCAUGAUAUCGCUCGAAAACUCGAAAGCAUAAAGGACGCGACGAUGAACGAUCUAGAGUAUGCCUUCCAAAAGGAAGAAGACAGAGCAAGCACCUCCCGAUACAACGAACGCGAAUCGGCUUUUCGUUCAAGAUCCCAAAAGGGCAAAUACGUAAAAGAGAAAGGAUGUUUCACUUGUGGAAAAUUCGGACACAAAUCCUCAGCAUGCUGGUAUAAUCCAGAAAACUCGCAGAAAUAUGAACAGAAGAACGACCGAUAUCGCAACCGCACGCAUGACGUCGGAGCAAAAACUAGAAGAGAAAAAUCAGAAACCAAAGUCAGAUACGUCGAUGCUAAGCCUCCGGAAAGAGCUUGGUUCACGCGAGACAAAGGAGCUAACAAAGAAGAAGAAUGGGUUAUCGACUCCGCUGCUACGUCACAUAUGACAUCAAAUAAAAACUGGAUAAAAGAUAUGAACCCAGAUACAAGAAGUAUUCGAGUAGCCAGUAAAGACCACAUAUAUGUCAAUGGAAAAGGAACGGUGAUGGAAGACAAUAUGCUCAUAAUAUUAAAAGACUAAAGAUUAUAUGUUCUAAAGCUGAAUGGACAUC